GCUCAGCGGGAGCAGGAGCAGCAGCGGGGAACUGCACAUUGUUUUGGAUGGGAGUUGCGCUGUCAUUCUCCUCCGAGUGCAUCUCUGAGAGAAACAAAGGCGAAACGGCAACAGCAGCACGGAUUAUUGUUUUAGCUGAAAAUGAUGCUGUUAUUUUUGCGACUAUGGAGGCACAGUUUAACAACUGCACAUCUGUAUCUCAAAUGUCGCUAUUUCUGGAAUGACACUGUUUUGGCGACAAGGCUUUUUUUGGAAUAACGCGCUAAAGUAGAUGCUUACUGGAGAAAGUUACCUUACAUAUUGGAUAUAAUAAAUGAAUGCAUUGUGACAAUGACAACAAACUACAAAUUGUAACAAAACUACGAGGAGUGGAGAAUUCACAGUUUAAAAGCUAAAGUCUAAUGAAGAUUGUAACCUCAUCUCAAUGCUUAGAUCAGAGGAGAACAGGAGGAUGGAUUUUGGCAGAAGAAGAAUGACUCCACGCUUCUCCACGAGGUGCUUCCUGUGUAGGACUCAGGAGCUCAGGACGUACCUGUUCAUGUUUAUGGUGUUUUACCUGUUAGUGUGCACUGAAGGAUCCUAUUCUAAAACCUGUGAUAAAAACUGCAUCUUUGGAAGAUGUAUCAAUGGAACUUGCGUCUGUGAACGGGGAUGGGCUGGGGAUCAAUGUCAACACUGCCAAGGGAGAGUCAAGUUGACAGAGUCAUCAGGAUCGCUCACUGAUGGACCAGUUAACUACAAGUACAAGACUAAAUGCACUUGGCUGAUUGAAGGAUACCCAAAUGCUGUGCUCAGGUUGAGGUUCAUCCAUUUUGCCACAGAGUGCAGUUGGGAUCACAUGUAUGUCUUUGAUGGAGACUCGAUUUACGCACCUUUGGUAGCUGUGUUUAGUGGCCUGGUUGUCCCAGAGACUAAAGGAAAUGAAACUAUUCCUGAGGUGGUGACCACAUCUGGAUACGCAUUGUUACACUUCUACCCCAUGUCCACGGUUAAAUAUACUGCUGGAUCUUUUGCUGUGUUUUUCAGGAUCAACUCCUGUCCUAAUAACUGUUCAGGUCAUGGAAGGUGUACAACGGGUAACUCCAUCUCCAGCAGUGUUUACUGCGAGUGUGAGCGAUACUGGAAAGGUGAGGCCUGUGAUAUUCCCUACUGUUGGGAUGACUGUGGCAGUCCUGACCACGGAUACUGUGACCUCACCGGAGAAAAGCUCUGUGUCUGCAAUGAUAGCUGGCAAGGUCCAGAUUGCUCUUUAAAAGUUCCUUCGGCUGAGCCGUACUGGUUUCUGCCUAACGUGAAGCCUGAUGGACAGUCACUAGGUCGGGCUUCCCAUAAAGCAGUGGUUCAUGGGAAGCUAAUGUGGGUGAUUGGAGGGUUCACCUUUAACUACAGCUCCUUUCAGAUGGUUAUAAACUAUAAUCUAGAAAGUAGCACAUGGGAUGUAAUACCAAUCAACGGUGGCCCUCUGCAGCGCUAUGGACACUAUCUGGCUCUUUACAAGGAUGAUAUCUACAUGUUUGGUGGGAAGCUGGAGGCAGGCUCCGGGAACGUAACAGAUGAACUGUGGCAGUUUGAUACACGUAGCCGGUCUUGGUCCCUUAGAACACCCAGCCCUGGGCUGCAGGUCCAACCCUUCGCUGUGGAGGGACACACUGCUCACAUAGUGGACAACAGGAAUGGAGAACCCAUCAUGGUGGUGCUUUUUGGCUAUUCACCCAUUUACAGCUACCUCAGCCUUGUCCAGGAGUACAACAUUCGCACUAACUCCUGGUCGGUGGCAGAGACAAAUGGGGCGCUGGUGCAAGGAGGAUAUGGCCACAGCAGCGUUUAUGACAGCUCUUCAUAUUCCAUAUAUGUCCACGGAGGAUACAAAGCCCUCCCUGCCAACAAAUAUGGCCUAGUGGAUCAUUUGUACCGCUAUCAGGUCCACACACACACCUGGUUUAUUCUGAAGGAAAGCGGUCUGGCAAGAUACCUCCACUCCACUGUGCUCAUCAGUGGAGUUCUGCUGGUGUUCGGGGGAAACACUCAUAAUGACACCUCACUCAGUAAUGGGGCCAAAUGCUUCUCCUCUGACUUCCUGUCCUAUGACAUCGCAUGUGAUGAGUGGGCAGUUCUUCCAAAUCCCAAUCUUCAUCGUGACGUCAAUCGUUUUGGACACACAGCAGUUGUCAGUAAUGGCUCAAUGUACGUUUUUGGUGGUUUCGCUGGUGUGAUCCUGAACGAUGUACUGGUGUAUAAACCUGCAAACUGUGAGGCCUUCAUCGAGGUGGAUCUUUGUCAGAGCUCUGGUCCUGGUGUUCGCUGUGUCUGGAUAGAAGAACGCUGUGUACCCUGGGACUCCAGCCAUGCUAAUGACACUUUGCCUGCCUCCUUCUGCCCUGCACGCACCAAUUCAGCUGAUAAGCAGUGUCAGCAGUUUUCAGACUGUGCUUCCUGUACGGCCAACACCAAUGACUGCCAAUGGUGCGAAGACAAGAAAUGCAUCUCUUCUUCAAGCAACUGCACCGUGCUUACAAUUGAGCUCGCCCGCCACCCUCGAGGUCCCCUGUACCUCAACCCUCCCCCUGCAAUGAUUUCUGAUCACCAGCUCUCUAGUUGGAGACCCGGUGUGCGCAAAAAUGGCCAGUCUGUGAAGAACUUUACCAAAUGCAGUGUUCGAAGUGAGCAGGUUUGCAGCAAACUGGUGAACUGCAGGAGUUGCUCACUGAACAUCAACUGUCAGUGGGAACCACAACAGCAGGAAUGUCAUGCUUUGCCUGCACAUUUGUGCGGAGAGGGUUGGAGUCAGGUUGGAGAUGCAUGUCUGAGGCUGAACGCAAGCAAAGAGAGUUAUGAUAAUGCCCAGCACUACUGUAAGAAUCUGGAUGGCAACAUCGCCUCUCUGACCUCCGCCAGGCAGGUGGACUUCAUACUGGACGAGCUGCAGAAGUAUCAGCUGCAGGAGAAGAAACUAACUCCCUGGGUGGGUCUAAGGAAGAUAAAUGUUUCAUACUGGGGGUGGGAGGACAUGUCUCCCUUUACUGCCAGCACGCUGCAGUGGUUACCAGGGGAGCCAAGUGACUCAGGCUUUUGUGCGUACCUUGAGGCUAAUGUGACAGUCACGACUCAUGCAGCUGUAAGGUCAUUGCAAUACUCACUACUGCCUUUUCCUCCCUCAGUGAGCCCAAACCUUAGCGUGCAUCCAUGUAAGAUUCCCUGCGCCCUGCGAACCAGCUGCGCCAACUGCACCAGCCAGGCCAUGGAGUGCAUGUGGUGUGGCAGUACCAAGCGCUGUGUGGAUUCCAAUGCGUACGUCAUCUCCUUCCCCUACGGCCAGUGCCUGGAGUGGCAAACUGGAGACUGUGGCGCUCAGAACUGCUCAGGUCAUCGUACAUGUGGUCAGUGCCUGGGACAUCCUGACUGCGGUUGGUGCGGAGACCCUACAGACACAGGUCAGGGCCAGUGUAUUGAGGGAUCAUACCGUGGACCAAUGAGGAGCCUGAGCAGACAGAGCCGAGAGAGGGUAUUGGACACCAGUGUCUGUUCAAGAGAAAAGGGCUAUAACUGGGCCUACAUAACCUGCCCAGCAUGUCAAUGUAACGGCCACAGUACGUGUGUUAACGGCAGUGUGUGUGAGCAGUGCAAGAAUCUCACAACUGGGCCGCAGUGCCAGAUCUGUCUACCUGGUUACUAUGGAGACCCCACAAAUGGAGGGAAAUGCCAAGCCUGCAGAUGUAACAACCACGCCAACGUGUGCCACUCCAGCUCAGGGAAAUGCUACUGUACCACUAAAGGGGUCAAAGGGGACCAAUGCCAGCUAUGUGAUUCUGAAAAUCGCUACCUUGGCAACCCACUUAGAGGAACAUGUUACUAUAAUCUUCUGAUAGACUACCAGUUCACUUUUAGUCUGCUUCAAGAGGACGAUCAGCACUACACGGCCAUUAACUUCAUGGCGACUCCAGAAGAGACCAACAAGAACCUUGAUAUGUCAAUUAAUGCAUCCAACAAUUUCAACCUCAACAUAACAUGGUCUAUUGGCUCAACAGCGGGUACGAUCUCCGGGGAGGAAUUCCCCAUAGUGUCCAAGACUAGCAUCAAAGAGUACAGAGACAGCUUCUCCUGUGAGACAUUCUCCUUCCUUGCAAAUCCCAACAUCACUUUCCAUGUUUAUGUCAGCAACUUUUCAUGGCCAAUCAAAAUACAGAUAUCCUUCUCUCAACACGGCAGCAUCAUGGACCUGGUGCAGUUCUUUGUCACAUUUUUCAGCUGUUUCCUGUCCCUGCUGCUGGUUGCUGCUGUGGUUUGGAAAGUCAAACAGACGUGCUGGGCAUCACGCAGGAGAGAGCAACUAAUGCGAGAGCGCCAGCAGAUGGCCAGCCGUCCGUUUGCAUCUGUUACGGUGGCACUUGAGGCUCCAGAGGAAGAGGAGGAGCUUCUGCAGGGCCAGGUGGAGGCUGGUCCCAUAACGGUGGAGCCAUGUUUUGGGAAUUGUGCUGCUGUGCAAACAUUGCUGAUGAGUCUUCCACAGGCAUCUUCUGGAGUGCCUCCCCCCGGCCAGUGUGGCAUUACCAUAGCCAGUGCUCUUAUUGAUACGUCUCAGCAGAGGGCCGGCGACUUCAAAGACAAGUGCUUGAGUCUAAAGAGCCGUAAACAGCAGCACACGGUGCACCAGGGAACCUGCGUUUGAACCAGCCGACUGACCUCACUGGACACACUGAUUCUCAGCUUUUUUUCUCCUUCUCUCUCGUUCUCUACCACUACAAGGAGAUGGUGUUGAUGAGCGUGGAGCUCUUGAAGUGUAAAUGUCAAAGGAGGGUCGAGACGUUAGUAGUCCGUGUGUGGCUCCUCCUGAAUUGCACGCUCCAUAGUGGAGCUCGUAUUCCCUCAGUAUUGCUUGAACCUCUGUGGAGGACAUCUGCAUUUUGAUUGCACCCACUGGGUUUCUGUUUGCAACAGCUGUUUCUCUAAAAGGGAGGAAGUGUGUAGAUGAAACUCACUCGGACCCAAAAUAGUAACAAGUUUCAGGCCAGAAUUAAUCAUCUGAUCACGCAUGUAGAGGCAUUCAGAAUAAACCUGCUUCUACUUUCAGGGUUUUGUCUUGUUAUUUAGUGAAGUGUCUGUUGAUGACUCUUUAAUAGACUAAUUAUCAUUAGCCGAGGACUGUAUUUGGUUCAUACUGUAUGGUGUUUUGUAAUGGUCUUGGUCUGUGGAAAGUUUUAUUUUAGAGAUUAGAUUGGAUGUGUCUUGCAAAUCUGACAUUUGUGUCUCCUAGUGGCCAUACACAAACUCACGCACUUGACCACAUGAAAGGAGUUUUUGGCUUUUUGUCCGUAAAUUUUAGAUUUGAGGUUGUCUAGAUGCUACACUGAAAAGAUUUUGCUAUAGGUUUAAAUGUCACACAAUUAGAAAGAGCAACAA